CGUAUGUGGACGUGACGCACACCGACACCAUGCAUCCUAGGCGUAACGAUGACGGAGCUGAGAUCUCGAACAUCGAUAAGAUAAGAUCUGAGCAGCUGGAAGAUUUGUGGGACGCCCUGCUUAGAGGUGCGACCUUUAAAAUCCCUUACGGGUACCACGACAAGUAUAACGAAUCUCUUAAGCGACGUGGCGGCUGGUCAUACAAUAGUGCCUACGCAAUGCAGAAGGGACGCAGUCUGUUAAGGCUAGUACGCAGGUGCGAAAUAGAGAGUUUUCUUGCGAUGUCAUUGUCGCAAGAAGAAAAACAAAACGGACUUUUCCUGAGUUCUGUCUAAGUUUAUUGUUCUUGGUGUUCUUGAUGAAACAAAGAAUAUUAACAAAAUUGAACCUACUCGUCUAAGCCUCGACGACGAAACGAGCGGAGGCAUAGUCAAUCUCAACGCCGUAGGCAUAUACAAUCAACCACCACGAGACGCAUUCGGUACUAGGUUCUUCGAUGCCUACACUUACGAUGCUAACCUGGAGUACUACUACGAAAAUUUUGUCAUGAGAGACAGCACAGGCCUCAUCAGCAAGCCGCUUGGAGUCCCCGGCUCAGAUUUGAUGCUUAGCGGGAGCUCCCAGAGCGUGGAGGAGACGGCGCGUAGGCGAGAGACUGGGAAAAAAGUCGACGAAACCGGUGCAGCAUUUUCUUCACGGCCAGCGCCAGGACUCUUCGCCCUUCGACAAGAGGAAGAUGGUAAUGUGGUGGCGACUUUUAUUCCUGAAGCCAAGGCUCCUGAGGUGGAUUUGAGCGUGGAAGCGGACAGCAACAAUAACUCGACUACAUCUACAACAGUGUCGAAAUCAAUGUCAGCCAUCAUGUCAAAAUUAUCACACACGGCAACUCCUAGUUCAUCUACGUGCUCAACUACCUCUGCGAAUUCAAGUGCUGGCUCGUCUCCAGUAGACGAUGGCGAGAUGUCAUUCGACGCUCCUCCUGCUCAACAAAUACAACAGCAACUGGGUCUGAAUUCUUCGCGGGCCGCACAAGAUGAAGGGAAAACCAAAAGUGCCCAGCAGGAACAAAUGAAGCAGGCGGAAUCGAUCAAGAAUGAAGGUAAUGCUGAAAUAAGAACUCAAGAAAAACACAACGUUCACGUCGACGACACUAAAAACAACAAGGAAAGUAUCACCGCUAGCAAUACUACUUCCUCUCCAGUCUGCGACUAUGUGAUUACAUCGAUCUGCGACGAAAUGGGUCUAGAACCAAGUUUGACCGUCGUCAAAGCUUUUCCAAAGACGGUGCGUUUAGCCAUCGGCGUUCAUCCUAAAAGUAUUGGCUUUUGGGGGUCGGAACAAGAGUACUCCACACAUCCCGGAUUCUUGGGAUACAUGGAGCGUCUAGAACGAGAUGUCCUGAAUAAUCCGGAAUUUGAGUUAAGGCCGCUACAUUCAUAUAAAAAUAUGAUAUUGUUUCUUGUCGGUUUUUUUUGUUCCAACGCCCUAAAGCUUGCCGUUGACUGUCUGGCUUUUCUCUUGGUCAACAUCAAUAUGAUAAUUUAAUUUGUAGUUUAAGGGCCAUCGCCUCCAACGAACUAAGCACUUACAACACGCUUCCUCCACUUCUAACUUGCGGCAAAAUUGUCGCGUGGGGCGAGAUUGGCUUAGACUACUCGCAUCGAGUAAUGACCAGUAGUCUAGGGGAUAAUAUCCGUCGUGCGGAACGGUCCGCGUUCAUCCAUUUCAUCAAGCUUGGCGUUGAAAAAUACAAAUUGCCGCUACAAGUACACAGCCGGUGCGCGGAGGAAGGUACUUGUCUUUUGUCUUAGACUUACAGAUUUUAGAUUCAACCAUGUUCAUGUGAUGACUCAUGUGAUGAUUUGUUUUUGUUGUCUUGAUUGUGCUUUGUUUCUUACGUUGAUAUUGAUUAGUCUAAUAGAUUUAGAUGAAUCAGAGCUAGUCGAACUACGGAAAAGAAGCAGCUAAGUACAUCAUGCGUCCCCAUCCGUUCAUAUUCACUUCCGGAUCAUAAAAUCUCUCCAACUGCAUCAGAUACUGUCGAGAUCAUGCUCGAGCAUAUACCCCGUGAUUGGCCAAUCCAUGUCCACGGCUGCUUCAACGGCGACGGCUUCCUCCGCAAACUACUAAGCCACUUUACCCGCGUUUACAUUGGCAUCACCUGCGCGGUCGAAAAUCAUAGCAACAUCCUCUAUUACUCGCGCCCAAAGGAUCGAUACGUUUACUCAGAGGAAGCGGAUGAGCUGGCAGACAAGGAUCGAUACGUUUAUUCAGAGGAAGCGGAUGAGCUGGCAGACCUCCCACUGUGCGAAGCCGCUGAGGAGGAGAACGCUAAACCGAGUUUCUCUUUCUCCAGUGAAAACAUGGAGAUAAGAACGACCAAGAACUUCGGAACUACUUCUACGACCGCUCCUAGUGGAACAAAAACAACAACUACAGAGCUCCAAAAUGAUGCAGAUGAACGUGUUCAAGAUGGGAUUGAUGUUGAGGCGAACCAUUCCUCAUCCACAUCCACUCAUCUUGACUCAACACACACCGAAAUCCCAUCCUCUCCAGCUGCAACAACGUCUGCACCCGAUUCUUUCAGUUUGGAAACAAAAUUAAUGCGUCAAAUCCGCACCAUUAUUCCUCUCAACCGGCUGCUAGUUGAAACGGACGCUCCCUACCUUCCACCGAUGUCCGGACGCCGCCCUUACAGUUUCCCGGCGCUGCUUCCACGGGUCAUUCGCGUUAUUGCGAGCAUCAAGGCGCUGCCCACUGAGACUGUGGCAAAUCAGAUACGCCAAAAUACCAGAGAUGUGUAUGGAAUUUGAAGUCAUCCGGUGAAUUUUUCAUGUAGUGAUUAUGUUUAAGGCUGAAGGCAGAUAUACCGUCUUUAACGUUGACGUCUUUCUGUGCUAAAAAAAAUUUAGUAGAUUAUUAGAAGUACCUUGUUUCUUCUUCUACCCUACUUAGAUAUACAUAGGAGAUAAUGAAAAUCGAAGUCGGAAGCCAUUCACCUUCGAUCUAUGAGUGUCAUGACUGACACAACUCCAAUCUUUGAUCGAUUCGUAUCCAUUCUCAAUCACAUAUGUUUAUUGCUCUACCCUCCUCUUGUCUGCUUUUACCGCCAUUGCCACGACCGUCUUGAAAAGAGACAGCAAUGGGAGGUACCCGUAAAUAAAUACUGGUUAUAUAAUCAUCAUCAUCAUGAUCAUCAAUUGUAUUUCACUUACUUAACAAACUAUCCAACUGACCAACCCUGUCGUUUAGUUUUGAAAACCAAUAUAUUAUACUAUUUAUUACAACUGACUACUUUUAUAGUUGUCAAAGGAUUGAAAUUUUUUACUGAUCAUGAUCCCGCCAUUCAUUCAUCACUAACACAAACGAUGAACUUCUUAUAAUAAGACGCUUCAGACCCAAGCGCAAAUUAUGCAUUUUCGUAAUCUUCCCAAUUACAACUUGACCCAUUUUUUUUCCAUUUGAUUUUACUCCGAAUGCGAUUUACUACUCACUCUUUUAUGAAACUAACUGGCGAAGCAAGAAGAAGACCAAGCGCAACUAAGGG